CACCCCCAGCUCUAAGCUGGCUGUGAGACUGAGCAGGGGAAGGGAAGGACUUUGCAGAGGGAGUCUUAGCCUGGGGCUUCUGUGUAGGGUCUCGCUCAGUAAUUUAGUCUUGGGACUUCACUGAGAGCUUUCAAUCCGGGGAUUCUAAUAUGGGGCCUUGGUCUGGAUCCUGUUUGUGAUGCCUCAGCUUGGAGUCUUGGAGGGGGUCUUGGACUGCAGUGACCUUUGCAGCGUCUCUGCAGUGUUUUUCAGAUUGAACCUCCAAGGGCUGAGCUCCCUUACUUUUUUUUCUUUCAGUUGGGAUUUUCAAUUAAUUGUUGUCACCCCUAGCCCCACCUCCUAAUUAGUUGUUGGGGGUGUGGUAGUGGUAGGGCAGCAGCCCCCAGUAAAGGAAGUAAUAGGACUCGAGAACCCCUUCUGAGUGGGAUCUGUCCAGGAAGUCCCCCCAAGUUAGGGAACCUGUGGGAGCGGGUUAGGGCUGCCGGGGCUCCCAGCCUGAUGGCUAGGGCGAGAGGCAUGAGUGGGCGGUCCCCUCUCUUCAGAAUCGGCUGUGGAAACUUGACACCUCCGGGCUGGGGCGUGGCUCUCUCCUCCUUCGCAGGCACUUUUAAACCUCCGCCUAGAGGCUCCUUCUCGCAGCACCCCUUCUCCUACCCCUGGUCAGCUGUGUGAGCACAUCACUCUAACCCCAGGGUCCUCAUGGCAGCUGAGCCACUGACUGAGCUGGAGGCGGCCAUCGAGACAGUGGUUACCACUUUCUUCACCUUUGCAGGGCGGGAAGGCCGGAAGGGCAGCCUCAGCAUCAAUGAGUUUAAGGAACUGGCCACGCAGCAGUUACCUCACCUUCUCAAGGAUGUGGGCUCUCUAGAUGAGAAGAUGAAGAGCUUGGAUGUGAAUCAGGAUACAGAGCUCAAGUUCAAUGAGUAUUGGAGACUGAUUGGGGAGUUGGCCAAGGAAAUCAGGAAGGAGAAGGCCCUGGAGAUCCGGAAGAAGUAAAGCCUGCUGGCCAGGAUGGGGGUGGGCAGGGUAGGACUGGGUGGGGACAGGCAGAACCCCAUCAAUUCCCCAAAUAAAUCU